GAACUACAGUACGACGCACACAAUUUUACGCACGAUCAUUAUUCAUUAGCAGUCCGGUCGUUGUUCCGUUGUCCGUUCCGCAUCCGUUUUCGAUCGUUUUACGCCGUUUCAACAACAUCCGUGCGUCGACAACAGGUUACUCUCGAGUUGUUGUAUGAGUCAAAAAACAGAAAAACCGGUACUGUCAGGUCAACGCAUCAAGACCAGAAAAAGAGAUGAAAAAGAAAAAUACGAUCCUUUCGGCUUCCGGGACUACAUCCUUGGGGGCCUCAACGGUGCCGGCACUGACCUAGAAGCAAUUUGGAAGUUCCUUGAUCAAGCUGGUUCUAAAGUUGAUUAUCGCCGUUACGGUGAAGUCCUCUUUGAUAUACUGAUUGCCGGAGGUCUUUUAGUUCCGGGAGGAUCCAUAUCACAAGAUGGAUCGAUAUCUCAGGAUGGGGACAAGCUGUGGAAGACAAACGCAUGUGUUUUUGAAGCGCCCGAGGACAUGGUAUCUAUGCGAAACUAUGAACAGGUGUUCAUCAAACUCAUGCGCCGAUAUAAAUAUUUGGAGAAAAUGUUCGAGGAAGAGAUGAAAAAAAUUUUGUUGUUCAUUAAAGGUUUUAGUGACAUUGAACGUAUUAAACUGGCACGUAUGACUACGUUGUGGAUUGCUAAUGGUUCAAUUCCACCUACUGUUCUUCAAGUUCUUACUAAUGAGCAUUUGAUUAAAGAUGGGUUGGCCUUAGAGUUUCUCAUUGAACUCUUUGUGACAUACAAACAGGAGGUAGGUAAUGCCCAUCUACUGACUGUAUUGAAAAAAGGAGGACUCGAAGGACGGUUAAUGGAUUUCUUGCCUCCAAACAAGCGUACUGAAGAAAAUCUCCGUGCACAGUUUGAAGAAAAAGGAUUGAGUGAUGUAGUUAAGUUACAUUUAGCCCAGGCCAGUCAGGAAGCUAAACGCAACUUGGAAAUUCAGCUUCAUGAUGACUUUAAUGACAACAAAAAUAUGAAAGAAAUCAUUUCAAAUAUCAAAGAAUUGUCUUCUAAGCAUGACAUUCCCGAACAUGAAAUUAUUGUUUUGGUAUGGACAGUUGUAAUGACACAAGUUGAGUGGAACAAAAAAGAAGAACUUCUAGCAGACCAGGCACUUAAACAUUUGAAGCAAUAUUCACCAUUGUUUUCAGCGUUCUCAACUACUGCGCGUUCUGAAUUGGCACUCAUGCUCAAGGUUCAAGAAUAUUGCUAUGAAAAUAUGAAUUUUAUGAGAGUCUUCCAAAAAAUUAUUUUACUCUUCUAUAAAACUGAUGUGUUGACUGAAGAAGUAAUUUUAAAGUGGUACAAGGAGGGACACUCAAAGGGUAAAACAACAUUUUUGGAACAAAUGAAAAAAUUCAUUGAAUGGCUACAGAAUGCCGAGGAAGAAUCUGAGUCAGGCGAAGAUGAGGAUUAAUUUAAAAACCAAAACAACCUGAAAAAAAAAUUAAUAAGAAGCAUUAACACACAAGAUGU